CGAGACAUACAGUUAUUAUGUUGCAGUCACUUGCUUCGUUACAGUGGGACUCCACGGUGGGAAAUUCAUCUAAACAUUUUUUUUAUUUUUCAUUCUCUCUUACUUUUGUUUUGGAUUCUGGCACUGAUCUACACGAAAAACGCUUCUAAAAUGAGCAGUUUGAGAGUUUGUAAAGAAUCUUUUGCUCAAGGAAUCAGCUCUGAACCAGUGGAGGACACAGACACCACCACCUUUGUGACCCAAUUUUCUUUGGAGGCCAAUUACCCCGUGCAAGUUACUGAUCCACAUGAUGCUGUGACUCUUCACCUGAGCUCCAUGCCUCCUGGAUACCUGAGCUCAUCCAACAUAAUUAGUCAGCCAGUCAAAAAUGUUGAAGAAUGCUCCUGUCCAGCAUUGACUUCAUCAGACGAUGCCAUAAAAGGACAAUUCCAGUUGAACAACGCCUGUGAGAAGUGCUGCCAGCCUGCGCCUCCUCCGAAGAUCAGCGACCUCAUGAAUGACAAAGAUAUUCUGGACAUACUGAGGCUGAAACUGGAUCCGUAUCACUGCACCGUGAAAAACUGGAAGAACUUUGCGAGUCGUUGGGGGAUGAGCUACGAUGAACUUGCCCUGCUAGAGCACCGGACACAAGGUUCUCUGUCCCACAGCCCCACCCAGGAGUUCCUCCUACGGUACAACCAGAAACCUGUGGCAGAGCUCACAGAACUGUGCCGCAUUUAUAAGCGCAUCGACGUGCUGCGAUUGUUGCAGAGCUGGAUGGAGAGCGUUUGGCCGUCACGCUGGCAACAUGCCAACUAACCAACACACAUCCAACAACUCAAACAUCUUCUGUGGAAGAUACAAGACUCCGCUUCAUUGGUCUCCCUUAUCUCUAGUCAACGUUAUGAUCCACACUAAAAAUUAAGGUACUUGAGUUUGGUGUGAUUACUUUGUCAGUGAAACUGAAGUGAAUUAGUUAACUCAUCAUAUUUUGGAGAAGGCAAACCACCAAGUUUAAGUUAACAGUGGUAUUUCAGUUUGAGCAUAUAAUGAGAUAAGGCCCCUUAGUUUGACAUUAGUAGGUGGAUUGGAUCACUUCUCGUAGGAAAAGAAGAUUUAAUAGGGACUUUGUAGUGCAAAGGUGAUAACCAUAUCCUUGAGAAUAGACUACCUGUGUAGCUCAAUGCCAACAUUUAAGUUAUGACUUAAAGCAUACUUGCCAACCCUCCUAAUUUUUCAGUGCCCCUCCCAAAAAUCUCCCGGGGCAGCCAUUCUCCCGAAUUUCUCCCGAUUUCCAAUAGUUAGGGCGGGCCUUAAAGAAACUGCCUUUAACGUCCUCUACAAUAUGUCAUCAUGUCUGUUUUCCUCCAUACAAACAGCGUUUUGACAAAGUCAUAUAAUAUAUGCGGCUUUUACACACACACGUAAGUAAAUGCAAGGCGUACUUGAUCUACAGCCAUACAGGUCACACUGAGGGUGACCGUAAAACAAAUGGUAAAUGGGUUGUAGUUUUAUAGCGCUUUUCUACCCCUUUUUAAGGAGCCCAAAGCGCUUUGACAAUAUUUUCACAUUCGCCCAUUCACACACACAUUCACACAGUGACGGCGGGAGCUGCCAUGCAAGGCGCUCACCAGGACCCAUCAAGAGCAAGGGUAAAGUGGCUUGCCCAAGGACACAGCGGACGUGACUAGGAUGGUAGAAGGUGGGGAUUGAACCAGUAACCCUCAGAUUACUGGCACAGCCACUCUACCAACUUCGCCACGGCACAACUUUAACACUGUUACAAAUAUGUGCCAUACUGUCAACCAACACCAAACAAGAAUGACAAAAAUAUUUCGGGAGAACCUCCGCACCGUAACACAACAUAAACACAAUAGAACAAAUACCCAGAACCCCUUGCAGCACUGACUCUUCCGGGACGCUACAAUAUACACCCCCGCUACCACCAAACCCCCCCCCCCCCGGCCACCUCAACCCCCACCAUCUCCCGAAUUUAGAGGUCUCAAGGUUGGCAAGUAUGCCCUUAGUAUGAUAUUUGCAGGUGGAUUGGAUCACUUCUCGUAGAAAAAGAGGCUUUAAUAGGAAUUUCGUAAUGCAAAAGUGAUAACCAUAUCCUUGAGAAUAGACUACAUGUGGAGCUCAACGCCAACAUUUAAGUUAUGACUUAAAAUAGUUGUUUUCCAGACACUUACACACAAAUAUCUCCUUUUAUGGUCAGGAUGUGCUCUCCUGACUUAGCUCACAUACCCAGAGGCAGGAAGGAGCAAUACAAAAACAGAUGGUUUGGCUUCAGAGUUCCUCCAGGUACUGCAGACCUGAAUAAUGACACUCGCUUGUAAUAUAGCAACUUUUUGUUCAGCAAAGUGUCUCUAACGUCUCUUUUGAUCCAGCCGCUCUGCCGUGUUGCCCUCCUGCCCUCAGGAUGGAGGGUGACGAGACCAGAAAUAAACUUCAAAACAAAUAAUGCUCAAGUAAUCACAUGCAUGUUUUGCCACAUUUAUUGGAUGUUGCAUAUGAUGGAUACAUUGUCGACCCAUCAGUUAUAAAAGGAAAUAUCGGCGCCGACCUGAUCCCACGAUCAGGAUUGGGUAAUUUUGUAACUAUAUAUUCUAAAAAGAACAGCAGUGUUCUAUGACCUUCCGGUAUUUCACAACAAACGACACUGCAUUCUAAAAAGGACGGCAGUGUUUUAAACAAACAAUAAUGUGCGAAUAAAUAUGCUCAUAAAUAACAACAAUUGUCAACUACUUCACAUUCUAAAAAAAAAGUAGCAGCGGUGUGGACCUUUCAAUAAUAUAAAACAAACAAUAUUGUUCUUAAUAUUGAUUUAAUAUUGUGGUAGUGUGAUGUCAUUAUGUCAUUUGUAAUGAAAUAGACUAAUAAAAAGGCUAAAACAUAUAUUUAAAUACCAAUCUUUGGGUUUUUAGUAUUAUAGCAUUUUUUCAUUACAUUAUUAAUUUUUGCUCAAUGUUUCUGUUAUGAUGGUCUUUUUUUGUUUUUGUUUAUUUUAUUUCUAAAAUGUGCCAUAAAAAACAGAGCUGCGUUGAGCAAUUCGCCACCAGGCAAAACUUUGCCUUUCUAGUGAAAUAAUUGAAGCAGUAGUGUUCAAAGUGUUGCCAAACGACGCAAAAGUGUCUCUAAGCCAGUGGUUCUUAAGCUUGUUGGAGGUACCGAACCCCACCAGUUUCAUAUGCGCAUUCACCGAACCCUUCUUUAGUGAAAAAUAAAAAUAAAAAAUGUUCGAAUUCAAGACAAAGUUAUAUGUUUUUGGUAACACUUCAGUACGGGGAACUUAUUCUAAGAAAUACUUAAUUUAGAGUUAUUUGGACACUAUGGGAACAUACUCUAAGUAAUAAAGACCUCAUUUAGUUAUUUGGUUAGGGUUAGAGGGUUAGGGUUAUAAUGCCGAAUAAGGCAUUAAUAAGUACUUGAAGGGGAACAUUAUCACAAUUUCAAAAGGGUUAAAAACAAUAAAAAUCAGUUCCCAGUGCCUUGUUGUAUUUUUUGAAUUUUUUUUUCAAAAUUUUACCGGUCCCGGAAUAUCUCUAAAAAAAGCUUUAAAGUGCCUUAUUUUCGCUAUCUUCGAAGACACUGUCCAUUUUCCUGUAAAGUCCUACAGUGCUGCCAAUACAAACAAACAAUGGCGAAUAGCACAGCAAGAUAUAGCGACAUUAGCUCGGAUUCAGACUCUGAUUUCAGCGGUUUAAGCGAUUCAACAGAUUACGCAUGUAUUGAAACGGAUGGUUGGAGUAUGAAAGUAUUGAAGACGAAACUGAAGCUAUUGAGCUAUUAGCUAUUGACGCUAUUCGGCCAUUGCAUGGCCAAUCAGCAUGGCAUGGCCGAUUAGCUGCGACGAAACGAUCAGGACUUUCGCAUUUUGUGACACUGGAGCAACUUAAAUCCGUCCAUUAGUAAGUGUUUUUUUCAUAUUAAAUGUGAGUGGAAGGAAACGUAAUAUAGUUUCAAAUGUAUUUACAGCUAGCCUAAAUAGCAUGUUAGCAUCGAUUAGCUGGCAGUCACGCCGCGACCAAAUAUGUCUGAUUAGCACAUAAGUCAACAACAUCAACGAAACUCACCUUUGUGAUUUUGUUGACUUUAUCGUUGCAAAUGCAUCUGCAGGUUAUCCAUACAUCUCUGUGCCAUGUCUGCCUUAGCACCGCCGGUAAAUUGUGCGGACACUCUGGCACAUUCAAUGGGGGUCUGGCGGCAGAUAUCUUGCCACUUUCGCAUCUUUGGGCCAGUGGUGCAACUUGAAUCCCUCCCUGUUAGUGUUGUUACACCCUCCGACAACACACCGACGAGGCAUGAUGUCUCCAAGGUUCCAAAAAAUAUUUGAAAAAACGGAAACUAACAGAGCUGAGACCUGGUGUUUGUAAUGUGUUUGAGGAAAUGAAAAUGGCGGCUUUCUUACCUAGGCAACGUCACGUACUGACGUCAUUGCUCCAAGAAGUUUAAACAGAAAGGCGUUUAAUUCGCCAAAAUUCACCCAUUUAGAGUUCGGAAAUCGGUUAAUAUAUGGUCUUUUUUCUGCAACAUCAAGGUAUAUAUUGACGCUUGCAUAGGUCUGGUGAUAAUGUUCCCCUUUAUUGAUGACUAGUUAAGAGCCAAUAUGUUACUAAUUUGCAUGUUAAUAAGCAACUAAUUAAUGGUGAAUAUUCUUCCCAUACUAAUGUUUUACCAUGUUUUUUUUUUACCGGUGCACAAAAUUAAUCAUGCAUGAACAUCACCUUGUUCAAACAACAAAACCAACUCAAAACAAAUUACACACCUGCAAAUCAGUCAGCUGUUGUCGUAUCCGUAAUACGCCGAUGGGGAGAAGUUUGUAUUUACACGAUGAGUUCAGUGUGUUUUGACCUCCGCCGAACCACUGAGGUUGACUCACUGAACCCCUAGGGUUCGAUCGAACCCAGGUUAAGAACCGCUGCUCUAUGCUGUGUUUUCUUGGCACUUAUGGAAGUGAUAAAAGCAGGAUUGCAUGCUUCUGGAGCUUUUCUGCACGUUGUGGUAAUGCCCACUCUCUGGGCUUGUGGUGGCGGAUCUCUACUCUAACUCCCGCAAAUAAAGACACCCCUCUCUUUCACUUUUAAUUAAUACCUCUACCCGCUAAAUAUAGCGACAAAGUCGCUAAAUUGCAUCACAGAUCAUUUCUGUUACUGUACGUCUUAUUCUCUGGCAAAGCAGGUGCGUAUGAGGUGCGUUGUGAAGCGGAGUUAUGCCACACCUGCACUUAUACUUCACUGCCACACGUUCAUUAGCAUUUGACAUUGAGUGACGGAAUUGGAAGCACUAAAUCCAUAUUUGUGGCAGACUUGCACAAAUAUAUAAAUACUGUAUAUAGGAAUGCUGGAUAUAUAUUUUUUUGGAGAUUAGAGACGCCUCGCUCCUGCCCUUGACCCCAUGCCCUGCCCAUGGACCUCCGAGCUUUCCUGGCCCUUCCUGGACUUCCGCCUCUCACUCAACACGCUCCCUCAACCACCCCCGGUAAUACUCAGUUAGACGCAACCAAGGGAGUAGGUUUGAUUUUGAGAUUGGUGGGGACACAAAAGUGCUCAAAGGCAGCAAUCUGAAAGGUUACUUUUUGUUUUUUUUUACAUUAGCAAUCAUAAUUUCACGUCAUGCAGAUGUUAAAGGGUAAAGCAACUAAAAUGAAAGCAAAGGAGACAACUUGGAAGAGUUCUCAUCUUUACUCUUUAGUGUAGGGAUGUAGUGCAACUGUGCAUCAUACUGUCAAUUAACAUACCCUACUAUCCAUCAACAACAUCAGAAAUACAUUAAUGCAAUACAACAUAGUAAAUAAACAUAAAUGAACUGUAAUAAUCUCCAGCCUCUCCUCCUCUAUCUCCUCCAGCCUCUCUGCUGUCUGUCACCUUACAAAAAAAUAUGUUGAUGCAUAACAGAUACAUUAAGGACAAUGACCAUAGAGCUUGAUGGUACACUUACUGCCUGAGCAAAAAGGCUUUUACUAAAUAUGAAUAUUACUUAAUAAUAAUUAAUUAUAUUUUAUAAUUGUAAAAUCACAUGAUCAUUUAGUGAGGUUUUAUUGUAUUUCCACCACAAAGUUUUGUUCAUUGGUAUUUUCAAACUUGCUCACUUCUACACAAAUACAUGAAACUAAAAAGAAUUUAAAAAAUAAAACGGAAAGGUGAAAUCAGGCGAUCUGAUUGGCUGUUAACUGUGGUUUAAAUAUUCUAAAGCCUUAUCACAGCGUAGGCUAUCACUCCGCCUCAGGCACGCAUGACUGGUAUGAAUGGAAGUUGUUGUCACAUAUGCAUGACAACGGACUGUUGCAGUCCGUAGUAAAAGACAGCUGAUGUUUUUACGAUGUUAAAAAACGGAGACUAAAGUAGUUGAAUUCACAUGUUGAAGGUUAACUUUCACCUCCGGGGAGGGUUAACAAUGGUAGAGGGGACUGAGCAUUGACUUUCACCUGAAAAAAAGCGGAGGAAAAGACGAGAUGCAGUGCUAAUUUGGAACUAACGUCUGGAUAGGUGGGACUAUUUUUUCCACAGUGAGGCUAUUUUAUUGGAUGUUAUGUAUUUCUGGUUGAAUAAAACUACAUUGAAUUGA